CAAGCGCAGUUCAUACACAAAAAUUUUAGGUCACCAGUAUAAAGAUGAACGAUUCCUACCAGAUUUGUGGGAUUCCGAGAACAAAAGCUGGUUAUGAGCCACAUUUAUUGGAUGAAAAUGACGAUUUUGAGGACAGUUUUGAGAUUAAAGCGAUUGGACGUUCAAAUAAAAAUUAUUCACCGGGCAUAAAAGGUGUUAAAGAAAGAAUUUUCCAAAAAAAGACACUUUUCAAGAGAAUUCCCAUGUUAACAUGGCUCAGCAAAUAUUCAAAAGAAGAUGCCAUUGGAGAUUUUAUCGCUGGACUGACCGUCGGAAUGAUGAUUAUACCACAAUCGAUGGCUUUUGCCGGCAUUGCAGGACUAGAUCCGCAAUUCGGCUUAUAUUCAUCCUUUCUCGGUCCCCUGGUUUACGUAAUUUUCGGUUCUUGCAAAGACAUCCCCUUUGGCGCAACUUCUCCCGGCUCCAUAAUGAUCCUUCAAGCAGCUGGCGGAAGUUGGCAACGUUCAGUCUUGCUCGCCUUUCUCUCGGGUUGCAUCGAAUUCCUUUCCGGCAUCUUCGGUUUGGGAUUUUUAGUGGAUUUUGUAUCGACUCCCGUGACAAUUGGCUUCAUGAAUGCCAUGGGAAUCACAGUUCUUGCCACACAAAUAAGACACAUUUUUGGCAUUCCCGGGAAGGGAAAUACGUUUUUGGCGAUUUUAAGGUCGACUAUGGAGAAUAUUCAUAAAAUCCGAGUGGGAGAUACGGUGCUCGGGUGUUCCUGUAUCGUGAUUUUGCUGCUAUUGAGAUCUUUAGGCAAGAUAAAAGUUGGAGGAAAAAAUCCGAGCACUUUUCAGAAUCUCGUGAAUAAAAUUUUUUGGUUCCUCAAUGUCGGAAGAAAUGCUUUGAUUGUCAUUGUGACACUCAGUUUGUCGGCUUUUUUGUACAAUCGGGACAAAUUUUGGUUCAAAAUUAAUGGAGACAUCCCGAAAGGACUUCCAGCAUUUAAGCCGCCGCCGUUUUCGAUACCAGAAAUCAGGAAUGAAACCACGGGAGAAGUGAUUCAAGAGUACGAGUCGUUUUGGGACAUUAUUUCGUACUUGGGAGCUGGAUUAGUGCUUGUGCCCCUCAUUGGUGCUCUGGAAAAUAUUUCUGUUUGUCGCGUUUUUUCCAAAGGACAACCAGUCGACUCCACACAAGAACUAAUCGCCAUCGGCUUAGCGAACAUCUCCAACUCCUUCGUCGGUGGUUAUCGCGGAAAUGGCGGCUUGUCACGCGCUUCCGUACUUCACACAUCCGGCGUCCGAACGCAAUUUGCCAACUUUUAUUCUGCCAUUUUGGUGAUUCUCUCGCUACUUUUCCUCACGCCAUACUUUUUCUACAUUCCCAAGGCCGCGCUGGCAGCCAUCAUCAUUUCUGCGGUCAUCUUCAUGAUUGACUAUUCCGUCGUCAUGCCUGUUUACAACACGAAAAGAAAAGAUUUAUUUCCCAUGCUCGUCACCUUCGUCAUGUGUCUCCUUUUGCGCAUCGAUUUCGGAAUUCUCGGCGGAAUUGUUGUCAAUAUCUCGUUCAUCUUGUACCAUGCGGCACGCCCAAAGCUCUACAUGGAGGAACGCGUCACCACGAUCGGCGCCAAAAAAUAUUUCCUCAUCAUUCCCGAUCGUUCGGUGAUUUUCCCCUCGGCUGAUUACGUUCGCACAAUUAUUAACAAAAAAAGUUUCUUUUUGAAUUCGCCAAUUGUGCUCGAUUUCACGCAUGUUUAUGGCACGGAUUACACUUCCGCCAAGGCAAUUAAUCUCCUUUUGCGGGAUUUUAAGGAUCGGAACCAAAUUUUGUAUUUUUUGAAUUUAAAACCGAGCAUCGCCCAAUCGCUCGAUGUUCAGUCCUUUUACAACUUUGAAUGUCUCGAGCACGAAAUCGAAAGGAUUCCCACGUUGAUAACAAUAAAAUAGCCCCAAACUACAGAAAUAAAGUCGCUUAUUAUUAAUUUUGAUUGACAUGCGAAAUUUUAAUAGGAGAGGAAAAGCGCAAAUAGGAGAAAAAGCAAGAUUUUUCUUGUACAAUAACUGUCCAUCAAUCAACAUCAUCAGUCAUCUACGUCUUUCACGCUCACACUCGGUACGAAAUCAUUUAGAAAUGCGUCAUUGCCAGACACUUUUUUUUCAUUAAUAAACACAACACAACAAGCAAGCAACGAGCGAUGAUGAUGACAGGAAGAAGGCGACAACUUUUUCCUGUUUCUUGUCAAUGUCGAGGUGACUUGAGAAUG